AUGGAGGCAUACAACGAGUUCAUCGAACCCACCCGCGUGUCCCACUGCGUGGGCGCUCACUUCAUCUCUCCGUCCCGAAAGCAUGUGAUCGUCGCCAAAACCUCCGUUUUGCAGGUCUUCGAGGUCCUCCGCGUCAAAAAAUCCUUUCGUCUCAACUUGGUCGACCAGUACAAGCUCUUUGGUACCAUCACCAGUAUUAAACCCAUUCGUACCAUUGAAAAUCCCAAACUCGACUACUUACUUGUGGCCACCCAGCUCGCCAAAAUCUCCUUGGUUAGAUGGGACCAUGCCAGUCACUCCAUCCGUACGGUGUCUUUACAUUACUACGAAAACGUUAUUCAAACAUCGACGUUUGACAAGUUGAAUAGCGCCGAGUUAAUUGUUGAGCCUAAAAACGCCUGUCUUUGUGUACGGUACAAGAACUUGUUGACGUUCUUGCCGUUUACUCGCUUGAAAACAGAAGAAGAUGAGUACGCUGAUGAAGAAGAUGGUGCGGUCACAAACAGCUACGACGGCAUCUACGAUUCGUCUUUUUUAAUUAAUGGUCAGAACUUGGACUCGCGGAUCGGGACCAUCGUCGACGCAGAUUUCCUUCACAACUACCGCCAGCCGACGGUGGCGCUUUUGUCGCUGAAAGACCAGGUUUGGGCAGGGAAUUUAUUUUUUAAAAAAGACAAUAUCAGUUAUAUCGUCUUGUCGUUAGACCUCAACACCAAGAAGUCGACCACCGUCUUAAAAAUCGACGAUUUGCCGUACGACAUUGACCGGUUGAUCUCUUUGCCCAGUCCGUUGAACGGUAGUUUACUUGUGGGGGCCAAUCAACUCAUUCACAUCGACAAUGGGGGCAUCACCAGGAAAAUCUCCGUCAACCCGUUCACAGACUUGACCACCAAGAACAGCAAAAACUAUAUUAACUACUCGCACAUGAACUUGCGGUUGGAGAACUGCUCGGUGGUGCCGUUGCCCAAUGAAAACAAAGUGUUGGUGAUUUUACUGACUGGAGAAUUCUACAUGCUCACGUUUGAAAUUGACGGGAAAACCAUCAAGCGGCUCACAUUUGAGGUGGUGGAAACUAGCCGGUAUAAUGGCAUAAACGUGACUUUUCCUGGCCAAUUCGCUGCCUUGGACAAUAACUUGUUGUUUGUCGGCAAUAAGAACGGUAACAGUCCGUUGAUCCAGUACAAAUAUGAAGGAGCGAAAGAAAAGGCCGUGAAGGAGGACGCUAAAGAUGAAGAAGACAAUGACGGAGAUGAGGAGUUGUACGAAGAUGAUGAAGAGAAGGUGAAGAGCUUCUCGAAGGAAAAGCUUGAUUUCACCCUUUGUGACGAGUUGAUCAACCAUGGGCCAAUCUCAGCAUUCACAUUUGGAUUCUACUCUAACGAAAAGUUCAAGUCCAACUUAAUAAACCCCAACUACCAAGAAGUGUCGAUAUUCUCCAACUCCGGAUCUCACAAGCAAAGUCACCUUAACAUCUUCACUCCCAGUAUCCAACCUACCAUCAAAUCGUCGUUGACGUUUUCCACAAUCAACAAGUUGUGGAUUUCGAAUAACUUUUUGAUCACCUCCGACGAUAAGAAUCGCAAAUCGGAAAUCUUUCAGGUGAAUAACAAUUUUGCUAGAGUGAAGUCCAAGGAUUUCAUCAAUAAAAACUUGACUAUAGCCAUCCACGAGUUGAAUAAUGGAAAGUUUAUUUUGCAGGUGACUCCCAAAAAGAUCUUGCUUUACGACAAUAAGUUCAAGAAAAAGAUGGCGUUAAACAAAGUUUUGGAUAAGGAAAAGGAAGAGGAAGUAUUCAACAGUUAUUGUACGGAUGAGAUCUUGAUGCUUUUCUUGACCAAUGGUGAUGUUAAGAUCAUAGCCAUCAACACUUAUAACGAAACUUUCACUGAAAUCUCGAUUCCUAAAAUUUUGUCGGAUACCAUCAUCACCACUGGGUACGUCACCAACUCCAAUAUCUUGAAUGCUGUCAGCAAAGAUGUCAACUUGUUGAUCAAAAAUAAAAAGAGAAAGUUUUCCAAUUUGGCUGGCGACAGUAUAUCCAAAGAAUCGGAAGAGAGCUUGGGCCCCAAACAAAAAGUGUUCAUUUUGGUUACUGGUGAUAAUAGAAUCGUUUUAUUCAACAGGUCACACAAUGAAAGAUGCUAUCAGCUUAAUGAUAUCGACAAGUUCACAGACCAUUUGCAUUUGGGAUUUUUUGAGAACAAAGACUCUUAUCCUGAUCCGUUCAUCAAACAGGUGAUGUUUAACGAGAUUGGUAACGAAAUAUCCAAGUCUCAAUACUUAACGGUCUUGACCAUUGGUGGUGAAGUGAUUCUCUACAAGUUGUUCUUUGAUGGAGAAAACUUCCGGUUUUUGAAAGAGGAAAAUUUGCUUAUAACAGGAGCACCUCAUAGCUCGUUCAAUGUCACCACCAAAGUGGAAAGACAACUUUUCCAUAUUGAGAAUUUGAGUGGACUAACUGGUAUAUUCGUCAGUGGAGACGUUCCAUACUAUAUUGUGAAGACCAACCACUCAAUUCCUCGAAUCUUCAAGUUCGCCAGAAUUCCAAUCAUGUCGUUUGGGAAAUUUGCCAAUAAUCAGUUGAUAUUUUUGGACGAUAAGAAGAACACUCGUAUUUGUGAGAUCCCCAGCGAGUUCAACUAUGAAAAUAACUGGCCAGCCCGACAAAUCAAUAUCGGAGAAACCAUUAAGGAUGUUGCUUAUCAUGAAACUUCUAACACCUUUGUGAUAUCCACCUAUAAGGAAAUCCCUUACAAUUGUUUGGACGAAGAAAACGUGCCGAUUGUAGGAAUAAUGGAAGACAAGCCAAGUGCUUUAUCAUACAAAGGGUCCAUCAAAUUGGUAUCUCCAAUUUCCUGGACUGUCAUUGAUGAGUUUGAACUUGACGAUAAUGAGGUUGGUACCAAAGUCAGUUCGAUGGUUUUAGAUGUUGGAUCGUCCACCCGAAGGUUCAAGUCCAAAAGAGAGUUUGUGGUGAUUGGUACGGGGAAGCUUCGAAUGGAGGAUUUGGCAGCCAACGGGUCUUUCAAGGUGCUUGAAAUCAUCGAUGUUAUUCCCGAGCCGGGACAUCCAGAGACCAACCAUAAAUUCAAGGAAUUCUACAAGGAGGAGACUAAAGGAGCCGUGACGGCUGUGAGUGAUGUCAGUGGACGGUUUCUUGUUUCUCAAGGCCAAAAGAUCAUUGUGAGAGACUUACAAGAUGAUGGGGUUGUUCCGGUUGCCUUUUUAGACUGCUCAGUGUAUGUGAGUGAGAGUAAGAGUUACGGGAACUUUGUACUUUUGGGAGAUACCUUGAAGUCCGUGUGGCUUGCUGGAUUUGAUGCUGAGCCGUACCGAAUGAUUAUGUUAGGAAAAGACUUGAAGCUGAUAGAUGUCAAUUGUGCCGAUUUUAUCGUCAAGGACGAAGAGUUGUACAUUAUUGUGGGGGACAACAACAACAUCUUGCAUCUUCUUAAGUAUGAUCCAGAAGACCCCAAUUCGUCCAACGGACAGCGACUUGUGGAAAAAGCAGCCUUCAACCUCAAUGCCAAGGUGACGCAAUUAAAGCAGUUGCCCAACUUAAUGGACAAUUCGACCCUGUGUAUUGGGUCCACCAUCGAAGGGUCUUUUUUCACGGUGUUCCCCAUCAACGAAUCAUCCUACAGAAGAAUGUACAUUCUUCAGCAGCAGUUGACGGAUAAAGCUUAUCACCACUGUGGGUUGAAUCCUCGGUUGAAUCGGUUUGGAGGCUUGAAGCUCACGGCUAACGAAAGUAACAAUAAGCCUAUUUUGGACUACGAUGUGAUCAAGUUGUAUGCCAAGUUGAACGAAGAUAGAAGGAGAAAUAUUGGGGCCAAGGUUUCGCGGGAGGGUCUGGAGAUCUGGCGGGAUAUGCUUGAGUUUGAAGCAGGAGUGAAGAUGUAA